AUGAGGGGACACCUGGCACCUGCAUCCUCUGGGGAGCCCCGGAGGCGGGCCAAGGGUGGGGAGGUGGGCCAGCCUGAAGAAGUGGAACGCUCUGCAGCUGAGCCUCCGCAGGAGGAGGAGUCCCUCGGCUCAUCCUCGUCAUCUCUGACCUCGGAGGAGAAGGUGGAGGCUGACCAGCCCAAGGAGGCCGAGGCGAAGGGCGUGGGUCACGCUGAAGAGAGCCCCAGAGAAAUCCCGGGAAAUAAGGAAGAUCAGAAAAAUAAGGAAGAUCAGAAAAAUAAGGAAGAUCACAAAAAUAGGGAAGAUCACAAAAAUAGGGAAGAUCACAAAAAUAAGGAAGAUCUCAAAAGUAAGGAAGAUCCCAGAAAUAAGGAAGAUCCCAAAAGUAAGGAAGAUCACAAAAGUAAGGAAGAUCCCAGAAAUAAGGAAGCUCCCCAAAAUAAGGAAGAUCCCAAAAACAAGCCCCUCCCUGGUAAUCCGGAAGUGGUCAAGAUCCAGGCCUGGUGGCGGGGCACCCUGGUGCGCCGGACGCUGCUGCACGCGGCGGUCAGCGUGACGGUCAUUCAGCGCUGGUGGAGGUGGCUGCAGGCCUCGCGGCUGGAGCGGCGGCGGCGGAAGGCGCUGGAGACCUUCGCCCAGAAGGAGUGGGCGGCGGUCAGGCUGCAGUCCUGGGUCCGCAUGUGGCGCAUCCGCCUGCGCUACUGCCGCCUGCUGCACGCCGCCCGCGUCAUCCAGGGCUACUGGAGGUGCCACACCUGCACUUCCCGGGGCUUCGUUAACGGCCACUACAGGGUCAUGGCCAACCAGCUGCAUCUCGAGCUGGAGAUCGUGCUGGGCUCAGAGCCUUGCUUUGUGACAGAGUGUAUUCCCCUCCCAAUAAAGCAGUGA